UUAGUCGCGAGUAGAGUCUCACCGCGUCAACGUGUCGGGGAUACAUCGCGAGCCGGCGCUACUGUGCGACGCGAGAGAGGGAGGGCCGUUUUCUUUCUUUUUUUCCUUUCGCCUGUCGUGAAAACAAAGAAAAAAAAAAAGAACGGCGCUUGUGCAACGCGAGCGAGGGUGCUAGCGUCUCCCUUUCUCCCCCCCGCCCCGUAUGGCUUGGUGCUUGUGCGAAAAAAGGGUGCGUGCCGAGUACAAGUGAACCGCUCGUCGCCGAAAACAGCCCGCAGGCCUGGGUGCAUGGCUUCGCGUCCGAGAGUGCCACCGUUGUUUCAUCGCUGCGACGAGUGUGAGACGGGAACAAGUGCGACGGCGGUUGUUGGAUCGCCGAUGAGCCGUCGAGUGUGAUAGAAAAAGUGGUGCUCUCGUACACGGCCGACGGCGCGAGCGAGGAUCGACCGCGAAAGAUGCUGACGUCCAGCGCGAAUCAGUAUCUCCGUCCUGAUCAUUACCUCACGCCGCUACCUACUACGCUGGAUGCGAAGAAGAGUCCACUCGCGCUGCUCGCACAGACCUGUAGUCAGAUAGGAGCGGAUCCACCGUCCAACAAAUCGUUAUUAAGUUCCUUGGACAAGACAUCGAGCAACAGAUCAUCCAAAACUACGGAGCAAUCUCGCGACAAGUCCUCGCCGGCGGCGACGGCGUCAACGACGGUGCCAACGUCGGCGAGCGAGUCCGCGAAGACCAGCUUCAAGCCGUACGAAUCCUGCCUGGGACGUGAGAAAGCGUGCACGCCAGACGAGUCGCGAUCGACAUCGAGCGGCCACUCGACGUCCGGCCGCUCGAGGACACCUGGCAAUAGCAGCAAACGAUGCCCGAGCAAUCAGAGUGUAGCGUCGACGCGCGCGGUCACCCCGCAAGGUAGGAAGACGGCGACACCGAACGGCGAGGUCGCGCGGGACUCGCCGGCCUCGAGAAGCUCGGCGCCCUUGGUGCCGUCGAGCACAGCGGACACUUCCGCGAGUCAGCCGGCCGUGAGCAGUCCCUCGUUACAAGCGAAACCCGCCUAUAGUCCCGUCAGCGUGCUGGCGAUGGCCGAUCCAUCUAUCAAGGAUCUCCCAUUGGGCACGUUCAAGCCCGGCGUCAGUCUACCAGUCUCCACCGCUGCCUACUUGGGCUACAACCCCAGUCAACUGCCCAUCGACGUGAUGGCCAACUCGCUUAUGUCCCACCACGCCGCCCUAAAGAACGGUAUCAACCCUUAUCUUUACGCGCGGCUCAAGACCACCGGCGGACCCGCAGAGAGCCUGAUGCCGAUAUGCCGCGAUCCCUUCUGCACCGGCUGCCAACUGAACUCGCACCUACUGUCGAGCCCCGCGACGGCCGCAGCGGUGGCCGGCAUCGCCAAUGGCAAAUUGCCGUCGGGCGCGAGCGCGACGCCGGGCUCCUGUCCGGCCGGGUGCGCUCAGUGCGAUCACAAGCCCGGCAGCGUUUCGCCCUAUAGCUCGCUCGGCGCGGUCUACGCGCACGCGCAGCUGGCCGCGUUGGCCGCCGGCACGCAGCUACCCUAUGUGUGCAACUGGAUCGCGGGCGACACCGCGUACUGUGGUAAGAGGUUCACCACGUCCGAGGAGCUGCUGCAGCAUCUCAGGAAUCACACGAGCGUGUCGGCGAGCGGCGGCGCGACCGACCCCGCCGCGCUGUCCCUGCUGCCCGGGCCACCCCCGGGGCUCCAUCCGACUCAUCCUCUGUUCGCGAGGUCCUACCCUACGCCACCCUUGAGCCCACUCGCCACCGCGCGCUAUCAUCCCUAUGGGAAACCCUCGCCGCUCCUGACGCCGUCUCUGCAGACACUCGGUCUGCCGCUUCCGCCGCCGCCACCGCCGCCGCAUCCGCACGCGACCGCCGGACUGGCUUAUUUCUCGCCGUAUUCCAUCUACGGGUCUCGUCUAGGUGCCACCUCCGGGAUGCAUCAAUGAGUUUCCGGCAGCGAGGAUUUCCGCGAGACGAAUGUGCGAGCGAACUGUGAUUCUGCUACGGAUUCGAAUACGUGAGGAGCAUCUCUUUCUAUUACGCGGUGCUUUCGUCACAGAAUCUCGUAUGGGAAAUCUGGAUUCGUAGAACGGAUACCGAAGCGGUAGGAACGUUUUUCGAUUAUACUAUGCGAUAGUAUACUCAGUGCGUCUUCCGCGAGCCGUACAGUCGCGAGCAGAAUGAUUGCGAGACUGUUUUUUUUAAAUAAAUGAGUUUAGAAACGCGCAUUUAGACUUUGGAACAUAUACAAGGUGUU